AUGACCACAGUGCAUGGUUCCAAAGAUAAUAACCUGCAUGAUAUUAAUGCUUUCGCUGAAAGCUCAAGUGACGAGCAUGCUGCCCUGAAUACUUCUUUCGAAUCUGAACCCAGGUCUAGCGGUUCAUAUCCUUGUCAAUAUGAAAUCAGCAGACAAGCCGAGCUGGCCUCUGUGAACCCAAGUUCAGACAACAACCACAUCUUCCAUAAAGUGAAAAACUUCCUUCGACCAGACAAUACACAGAUCCCCGAUGACGAUAGUUUGUCUGGUUGGCCCCACCACUGCAACCCGAUAUCCAUAUUCAAGCAACAGACAAAACAAAUUGUCAGCCCCAGGAUCAUUUUCUCCGGUGCAUUCGCCAUAUCAGCAAUCAUUAUCUCCAAUACCCACAGCCCGGCGCUUGUAAUAUUCAUCUGGAACCUCCUUGCUAUUGUGCCGCUGUCGAUUACGCUCACAGAAGCCACAGAAAGGAUAUCCAAGGAUUUGGGCGAGACCGCUGGCGCUCUCCUCAAUAUCACCAUAGGGAAUCUAGCGGAGCUUAUUAUUUUCACUGCUUUGUUGAAAGACAACAUUAAAGUAGUUCAAUCGUCACUCCUUGGCUCCAUUCUUGUGAACCUCCUACUCGUCCUCGGGUCUGCAAUCAUAGCAGGCUGUAUCUCGAAGAGUGAUGUGACAUAUAACACUGAUCUCACACAGUCAUUUGUGGGACUUCUCAAUCUCACAAUCUCUUGUCUCAUGAUUCCAACCGCUUUCUACGGCAGCCAGGGGGUGUCCAUCAUCCUCCUAGCCACAUACUUUUUAUACCUUUUCUUCCAGUUCAAAUCACACGCUCACUUAUUCCUCUCUACACGGCUUCAUGUGCCACAGCCAAACCAUGAUCAGGGAUAUACAGACCUCGAAUCGCAUCCCACCGGACUCGCAAGAGCAACCAGCAGAGAUCUUCCCCAUCUAGAGAUGCAAGAGGUGCGAUCACGGUCAUGUUCAGUCGACGCAUUGACGGCAUCAGGAAUGCCACUGUUUCAUAGCGAGCCAUCCGAAGGAAGCAUGAGCAUCGAUGGGCAAACGGAAACACCCAUUAAAGAGCCUCUAGGAUGUCACUGCGACCGCUAUGUUGUCAAAUCCAGCCGAAUCAUAUCCGUCACCCUCCUCGCCCUAUCAACAAUUCUCAUCGCUAUAUGCGCUGAGUACUUCGCCUCGAGCUUCUCAACGCUCAAUGAUCAGGGCGUCCUUGGUGAAUCAUUCGUCGGUUUGAUCAUCAUCCCCGUUGCUGGAAAUGUUGCUGAGAAUGUCACUGCGGUUGUUGUGGCCUCAAAAAAUCAAAUGGAUCUUGCCAUCAGCGUUGCUCUUGGAUCAGCCAUUCAAAUCGGUCUCCUGGUUUCGCCUGCCAUGGUGCUUAUCGGCUGGGCUCUCGACAAGCCCAUGACCUUGCACUUUGACAAGUUCGAGAUGGUCACAUUGAUUGGAGCUGUUCUUUUGGUUGAUUUCAUCGUUCUCAAAGGAAAGACCAAUUAUAUGGAGGGGGCUAUCCUGUGUGCUUGCUUUGCGGCUAUUUCUGUUGGCGCAUACUUGUUGCCGUUCACUUGA